GAGCCUUUGUAGCUUUUCUACCAAACUAAUCGUUUUAUCUUAUUCUUUGUGUCGUCGUCCCCCCCCCGUAUUUUAUAGUUAAAUUUGUUCCUUGUAGGACAUUCCUAAUGUGCUUCUCUUUCCUGUCAACCAGAAUCGCUGCUCACACAGGUGCCCGAACAAUACCUUCAAAAGACUUGUGCAGCUAAGGACGGAAUUUUUUGCACGGUUAUUUGGGAGUAAGGUGUAUUGGGUCCCUUGGGCUUUACUACAGAAUAAUAUGCAUGAUAUCGGCUUGUUUCAUUAAACCGGCAGCCAAAUAUGUGCUGUGUCUUAACGAGAGAUGAUGGUGGCGGUCAGGCAGAGCUGGGACUCUUAUUUUGAUAACUUUGCCUCGGGAGGUGGACAAGCGAGUACAUGGGAUGUCAUUAUUUGGCAGCAGAUAAAAGUCACUGGUCUUAUUAAUACUAAGCAGAGAGCCACUAUGACUAUAGUCUGUGUUAGUGAAUGGCUGGGUUUCCCCCCCAGUACUGGUUAAAAACACCUCAGGUGAUACCAUCUUUUGAUUAUAGGGAUUCCGUCAUCAAGACAGCCACACUCUGCUGAGGCAGGGAUUCUGUUCCACCCAGCAACCUAGCCAAGAAAGGCUACAAAAUUUAUCAACUAUUAUUUCCAGCCACCAACCCAAAGCCCCUUUUCACCUUUCUAAAAAAAGCAGAACAAUUGUGAAAGCUUCCCUAUGAGUGUCAGUAACCUCCCAUCUGUGUCCUCUAUGUAUCAACCAAGCAUGUUUAAUUAUGAGCGUCCAAAACACUUUAUCCAGUCACAAAAUACAUAUCAAGGGAAAUCACAGCCUCCAGGACCAGAAACCUCUACUACGCUUCCAAGCAGGCAAACCAAGCAGUCUUCCAUUCUAAUCCAGCCUUGUAAUCCUAAUGAGAAGAAAUUUUCUUCCUCUUCAUCGCUGAGCUCGCCAAUCUCGCUCUCCUCACCUUCAUGUAGUGCUUCAUUUCCCGUAACACCUGCAUCUGCACAGUCUCCUGCUAGUUCAUCAUCUGGGCAGAGGACUUCAUCCAUGCAUAACCAGUCCCCUGCAGCAUUCCUUUGCUCCGUAUUGCCCUCUCAUUUUGAUUAUAAUAGCCAAGGUCCUUCCUCAGUGGAGUCAAACAGUUAUUCAAAGCCUAUGUACAAGAAGCAAAUCAGCAACACCAAACUAGUGCAGAAGACUUCUGACAGAGAGAUACAAGGAACGAAAGACGCCCUCAUUCAAGACUUGGAAAGGAAACUACGAUGUAAAGAUAACCUUCUCCAUAACGGGAACCAACGUUUAAGCUACGAGGAGAGAAUGGCUCGCAGAUUACUUGGACCAGAAAAUGCUGCAUCUGUGUUUGAACCACAGAAUGAAGAAAAUGUACAGAAUAUGCAACAGAACUUGGAAAGCACACGACUGCAAGUUCCUACAGCACAAGUAAGGAGUAGGCCAUCUUCAAGAGGAGAGAGGAGUGAACAAGAGUCAAUCCAGGAGAAAUUCUUUCAACCACGUUUCUUGCAAGUGCCUGGAGACAUAACCGUUGAAGAAGGAAGAUUUUGCAGGCUUGAUUUCAAGGUCAGCGGGCUACCAACUCCAGAUGUGGCAUGGUACUUAAAUGGAAGACUAGUUCACCCAGAUGACUUUCAUAAAAUGAUUGUAUCUGAAAAAGGCUUCCACUCAUUCAUUUUUGAAGCAGUCCGGGUCUAUGAUGCAGGAACAUGGGAGUGUGUGGCUUUUAACCGUGCUGGAGAAACUUCCUUUACAGUAAAGCUAGAUGUCACUGCACGAGAACAUCAGAAAGCCCCAACUUUCAUCUUUAAACCACAAAGCACAAGAGUUUAUGAGGGGGAUUCAGCCAGAAUUGAAUGCCAAGUGUCUGCUAUCCCCCCACCACAGAUCUACUGGAAGAGAAAUAAUGAAAUGGUACAGUUUAAUACAGACCGAAUCAGUAUGUUUCAUGAUACCUCUGGAAAGGUUUGCUUACUGAUCCACAAUGUAAAUAAGAAAGAUGCUGGUUGGUACACAGUGUCCGCAGUCAAUGGGGCAGGAGUGGCAACGUGCCAUGCCAGAUUGGAUGUCGCUAUUCACACAUACAAGCCACUUCCAAAUCCAAAACUACUGAAGGUACGACCAACUUUUAGCAAAUACUUGGCACUCAAUGGCAAAGGUCUGGAUGUGAAACAAGCUUUCUUCCCUGAUGAAGGAGAGUUUCAGCGUAUGGCAGCACAGUCUGGACUCUAUGAAAGUGAUGAACUUUAACAGACAACAAGGAAGAGAAUUUCUCUUGUUCUUGCAACAGACAAUUAUGAACAGCACAUAGAUGCAAUUAAGGAGUUGUUAUGCUGAUAAGCAGACAUGCCUAAUAUAUUUUAUUUAUAACUUAACUUCUGCUCUUACUUCCUGCUGUUGUGAUUUAACUAAGACUGAUUUUUACAAAUGUGUGUGACUGUAGCAGAAGGAAAUUCAAAUGUUUGUAUUUUUAAUUUUAAAGGCCAAGAAGGCCAGUGGAUGAUCAUGAAAGUGCAGUUGAUUUGAAUGCAUCUAGAUUCAGGCACAAGGUGUUUAUUUGUACUGCUUUGUUAAUAUCACUCCCCAUAAUAUUACAAUUUCUGCUGGCUGACUACUAAACAUAACCUGAGUGUUUUUAAUGUAAGUUUUAUGUCUGAUGCAAAUAAAAAUUUAAAUACAA